UGCAGUGUUUGGUGAAUGUCCAUUCGUAUACAAUGACAUGCGGACUCUUGAUCUCUUUACGCUCGUCCUCAAUAGCAUGAUCCCUCCUUCAUGUUAGAUUGCACGACCUCCCUCAACCUCCUUUUGGUCUCACGAAUUCCCUGUCUUCCUGUCUCUCCUUCCUAAGAUCGCCCGAACCUUAUGGGCGAUGCUCGGUCAGUCAACUCGACGAGGGCAAUGCCUAUUUUGUGCGUUUCGAGGCCUGGCUGGGCCAAUAUCGAAAGGACUUCGUGAAAGGUCUCGAGGCUACGCCACUCCUCCUCGUCAAUCCUCGAGGGCAGGUCCCAAUGUUCGAGUUCCUGCUGGAAAGGGUUCUUAUAGAGCCGGCUUUAUCAGAAAGACCAAUAGAAGCCCCCCACAACUAUCAGACGAGGAAGUUCUGUCGCGAGUCCGAACAUGCUUAUCGACUCUGAAAGACGAUCUGCGCUCGACCGAAGCUGCGUCCGAUUCCGACGUGUCGCAACUGGAAGCGCUCGACCCUACCGGGAGAUACUGGGUUGACUUCAGGAAAAGAGUUGAGCAGACUUUGCGAUCCAGAGGAGAAGACAAGAAACCAUUGGAUGAUAAACUGGUCUCCGAGAUUGGCGCGACAUAUCAGACGAAUGACUGGCAGAAAGAAUUGCAGAGGGCGCUUCACUUCGGCUUCAUUGACUAUGUCCUCGCCACAGGCGUGGAAGAAGGGACUUUUAGCAAAUCAAUCAUUACGGACUUACGGUAUCCCACGGAAUGGUAUACGGCAGCGCGCCAGAUUCAACGAAGUGUGCAUCUCCACAUUGGCCCAACUAAUUCCGGCAAAACAUAUAAUGCAUUAAAACGGCUCGAAGAGAGUGGGAAUGGUUUCUACGCGGGGCCCCUGCGGUUACUCGCACACGAAGUUUUUUCACGAUUCAAAGCAAAGGGGCUCAAGUGUGACUUGGUUACCGGUGACGAUAUCAGACGGGAAGACGAUCCAGAUACGAGCCUGUAUGCCUCCACCGUGGAGAUGGUCGAUGUCUCGACACCAGUCGAUGUUGGAGUUAUCGACGAGAUUCAGAUGAUAGCUUCAGAAGAGCGUGGAUGGGCGUGGACUCGGGCCUUUCUAGGUGCAAACGCAAAAGAAGUCCAUCUUUGUGGAGAGGCUCGUGUGCUCCCCCUGGUCCGCGAGCUAUGCGCAGCAACAGGCGAUACUUUGGAGAUCCAUGAAUACAAUCGACUGAACCCCCUAAGGGUGAUGACAAAAAGUCUGAACACUGACCUGAAAAACCUGCGGAAGGGCGAUUGUAUUGUGACCUUUUCUGUCAUGAACAUUCACGCCCUCAAAAAGCAGAUUGAACUUGACACCGGGCGCCACUGCGCCAUCGUAUAUGGAAGUCUGCCUCCAGAGACACGGGCAGCGCAGGCUGCACUCUUCAACGACCCAGACAACGACUACGAUUUUCUCGUCGCCAGCGAUGCCAUCGGCAUGGGUCUGAACCUGAGCGUCAAGCGAAUCAUCUUCCACAGCGUGUACAAAUUCAACGGCGUCACGCACGAACAGCUGUCCGUGUCGCAAAUCAAACAAAUUGGUGGUCGAGCCGGGCGGUAUCGGACUGCUCAUCAGGCUAUGAACAACAAUGCCGUCAAGUCGAAAGCCUCUCCAGACAGCAGUGUGGGCCUGGUCACCACCCUGAAUGAAGAGGACCUGCCCAUUGUUCGAGAAGCCAUGAAUGCACAAGAUCCCCCGCUCCGAGUGGCAGGCAUAUUACCGCCAGGAGACUUCAUGGAGAAUCUGGCGGAUCGACUACCGAAGGGUAUUCCCUUCGAGUAUAUCCUCAGGCGUGUCAAUGACUCGGCUACUCUGCACAAACGGUUCAAACUGUGCAGCAUUCGCGAUCAAAGUCAGAUCGCACGCACCAUCGAAUCUGUUCGUGGGCUCUCGGUGACCGACCGUAUCCAAUACGUCGCUUCACCGUGUGGUACCGGGUCACCUCAAGUGGUGGCCGUCGCCCAAGCUCUGGCUCGAUGCGUCGCCGAGAAGAGAGAUGUGUCCAUCAUCGAUGUUCCCGAGAUCACUCUUGAAGUCCUCGAGAAGCCCAUCUCCGGUGACCGCGAAUACCUGGAAUGUCUAGAAGAUCUGCACAAAUCCCUGGUUCUCUUCCUAUGGCUCAGCUACCGGUUCCUUUCCAUGAAGGAUCGAGACACGGCGUUUUACGCGAAAGGACUCGUCGAGGAUAAGAUCAACACUUGCCUCGUGGAGUUCUCAGCCAACCCAGCCCUGCGAAAGCGUGUUCUUGCCUACAAGAAGAGAAUGUCCGUUCCUGAUUUACCGACGGAUGGUACUGCUUUGCCCGAAUCAGAGUCUCACCUCGAUCUUCCAUCGGGAGAUGAAUUGGCAGUACUUCCGGUGGACUGGACGAGGGGUGCGGAAAAAGCCGAGCUCGGCGAGUCCGAUCCUGUGCAGGCCAGGAGUAUGGCCGCGACAGCUGCAUGAGAUCCUGCAGUCAGCGUGCUAGUGACGCCGUCAAAUGUACAAUAACUAUAGCUAAUGCCGGUUUGUAUGAUAGAUACACGGCAUCACGAAGAUUAAUUCAGUGUGGUUUGCCUAGCCACAGGCUAUGCAAUGCAGGUACGAGUACUAUGUAGACACAGAUACCCCGCAAGGCCAUGCAAUACGAACAAGGAAACU